AUGACUAGAAAGAAGGUGGACCUUUCAUACAUAGCCAAUGACUCGAAGAGGAAGGCGACCUUAAAAAAAAGGAAAAAUGGUUUGAUCAAGAAGAUUGAUGAAAUUAGCACCCUUUGUGGGAUUGAAGCAUGUGCUAUAAUCUAUACUCCAAAUGAUCCUCAGCCAGAGGUUUGGCCAUCUGAAUGGGAAGUCCAUAGGGUUCUCUCUAAGUUCAAGAGAGUGCCUGAAUUGGAGCAAAGCAAAAAAAUGUUGAAUCAAGAGAGCUUCUUGAGGCAAAGGAUCAUCAAAGCCCAAGAACAAUUGAAGAAACAAAAGAGUGAAAAUCGGAAGAAAGAGAUGACCCAACUCAUGUUUGAAUACCUAACUGCUGGAAAGAUUUUUGACAAUGCUAGCAUGAUGGAUCUGAAUGAUCUUUCAUGCUUGAUUGAUCAAAACUUGAAGGAAAUUGAAAGGAACAUCAAUGGUCAAGUCCAAGAGGUUGCACCAAUGAUUGAAAAUGCAGGAGAAAUCAUGAAUGUAGGAGAAGCCAUGAAUGUUGGAGAAACCAUGAAUGGGGGAGAACAAGCAGUACAUAUGAAUCAUGUCCAAGGGCUGGAGACUAAUGUGGACGCCAUGCACAAGCAAAAUUGGGCUAUGGACUUCAUCAAUGGUGGUGGGAGUGGGAGUGACAUGCUACCAUUUGGAGAUGUUAAUGCUCAAAAUGGCUUUUGGGCUAACCCAUAUAUCCCUUGA